UUGACACUGCAACCAUGCCGGGAACACUGCUUGCCCCACCCAAAAUCUCACUGCAGGACAUCCUCGACACGUCAGUGUCAGGCCAGCCAGAGAUCAACCUCGAAUGGGAGCCAUUCCAAACACAGGUCGACGCCUUCCUCCGGGCCAUCGACACGUACGCCGUCUCGGCCAAGACUGAGAUUGCUGCCCGCGCCAACGACCACGUCAAUGUCGUGCGCGAGCUCAAUGCGAGAACCGAGGAAGCCGAGCGCCAGAUUCACCGCGAGCAGCAGAACGAGCAUGAGAUGCUGGCUACGAUCGAGGUGGAGAGGAAAACGGUGUCCGACUUCACCCAGGCUCUUACCGGCCUGCAGACCAAGCUCGCCAAGGUGCGCGAGCAGAAUGCGUCGCUCGAGCACGAACUCACCGCCAUCCGCAAGGAGGUGCGCGGGGACACUGCGACCAAGGAGCGGCAGGGGAGGGCACUCGAGGAGCAGCGGAGGAAGGACGAGAUGGAGCUCGCGGCGCUCGAGGGGGCUCUUGGGCUGAGCAUCACUGGUGUUGCGGCCAACCGCCUCCUCGUCUUGUUCACUCUCAUCGACCCAUCGGAUGCCAAGCGGGAAUUCUCAUUUGUGCUGGAUUGCAAUGCGCAAGACUAUGUCGUGCCGCAGUGCGACCCCCCGGUUGCAGACAUGCCGGACCUGGUGCAGCGACUCAACGGUGACCGCGACCUGCACUCGUUCAUCAAGCGAGUUCGCAAGGCAUUCGUCGCGCUUGUCGCCCCGCCACCAGGCAAGUUUGACGACCUCAAUGGGCCGUCGACCUCGAGGACAACGACGCCGCCAGCAGCACCAACAGCUACGCCAGCUGCCCGGGCACCAUCAGUGCCGCCCGUCGCAGAGGCCAACCUGAUCGACAUUUAG